AUGUUGCUGGAUGUUGAAAAGGAGGCUUACAAUGAGGUUUAUCAGGAUACUUGCGCGAUAUAUUCCAUAUGUCAUCGAGGGGAGGACGUGAACUGUUUAUAUUUUGGUGAUGAAGUCGGAGAGCUAAAAUUAUUUGAUGUAAGGGCAAGCGCACCAUCGUUAUCAUGGGGAUUACAUGGAGACACGAUCAAUACAAUACAUUGCAAACCAAAUAAUCCGAUUAUUAUAGCUACAAGCUCUGCAGACAAGACUGUCUCUCUUUGGGACUUGAGGAGUGUUAGCAAAGAUCAGCCAAAAUCAUUGACAAGUAUUAGCCAUGGAGGUCCAAUUUACUCUGCCUACUUUUCACCUUUUGGGACUUUUCUUGCAACAACAAGCUCGGACAAUACUAUUGGUCUAUAUGGAGGAGAAAACUAUCAGGAGAAGUUCUUGAUACCCCACAACAACCUAAGUGGUGAAUAUAUUUCCACAUUAAGAGGAAUCUGGGGUUGGGAUAAUUCACAUUUGUACAUCGGCAAGAUUCAGGAAAAGCAGAAGCAUAAAAGAAAAUCGAAGAUUGAUGAUGAGAUACAUGGACUCCAUAUCAUUUCUACUGUUGAUAAGAAGGUUGUUUGCACUUUGCAAAGUGAUGAUAUGCCUACUGUCCCAUACCGUUUGGCUGCUCAUCCUUAUAUUGUUGGAACACUUGCUGGCGCCACAGGGAAAGGUAAAGUAUGUAUGUGGGCACAAGCUUGA